UUACAGGGCAACAGGAAGUUGGUGUAUAACAACAACGGAAAUUGAAUUUAUCCUAAAAAUGGAUUGAAAAACAGACUUAUUCUCUAUGUUUUAACGGCUCAGACUGUCGGAGAAUAUAAUUCAUGAGAUGAUGUCUAACACGGCGAGGAGUGGAGACAUCAUCCACCUAAAUGUCGGCGGGAAAAGGUUCAGCACAUCUCGACAGACUCUGACGUGGGUCCCUGACUCCUUCUUCUCCAGUCUUUUGAGCGGUCGUAUCUCAACUCUGAAGGAUGAAACUGGAGCUAUCUUCAUCGACAGAGACCCCUCUCUGUUCGCAACCAUCCUUAACUUCCUGCGGACCAAAGAGCUGCACCCACGCUCCAUCAACGUGCACAUGCUCAUGCAUGAGGCCGAGUUUUACGGCAUCACACCGCUGGUGCGGAAGCUGCAGCUGUGUGACGAGCUGGACCGAUCUUCCUGCGGAAACGUGCUGUUUAACGGCUACCUGCCUCCACCAGUGUACCCAGCGAAGCGUCGUAACCGUCACAGCGUGGCCGGAUCACAGUUCAUGGCGGGUCGAAUCGUGCCGGCAGAGAGAGCACCGGUCAGACGUAGCAACACCAUGCCCCCCAACCUGGGGAACUCUGGGAUACUGGGCAGGCUGAGCAUUGAGGAGAGGACGCCAGGAGGUCAGUUAUCAGACACCGGCAUGGUUCGGAUUAUCUGCGGGCAUCACAACUGGAUCGCUGUGGCCUACGCCCAGUUUGUCGUCUGCUACAGGGUUAAGGAGUCAACUGGUUGGCAGCAGGUCUUCACCUCUCCUCGUCUUGAUUGGGUGAUCGACCGGGUCGCGCUUAAUGCCAAAGUAAUGGCCGGCUCGCUGGGAGACAACGACAAGAUGGUGGCGGUAGCCUCAGGGACAGAAAUCAUCCUGUGGGCAAUCUGCCCGGACGGUAACGGAAAUGAAAUCGGUGUCUUCAGUCUGAAUGUGCCGGUGGAGGCUCUCUUCUUCGUUGGCAACCAGCUGAUUGCCACUAGCCACACAGGGAAGGUCGGGGUCUGGAACGCCGUCACCAAACACUGGCAGAAUCAGGACGUUGUUCCUAUCAGCAGCUACGACACCGCUGGCUCCUUCCUCAUCCUCGGCUGCAACAACGGAUCCAUCUACUACAUCGACGUGCAGAAGUUUCCUCUGAGGAUGAAGGACAACGAUCUGCUGGUGACAGAGUUGUACAGAGACCCAACUGAGGACGCCAUCACUGCUCUCAGCGUUUACCUCACUCCUAAAACCAGUGACAGCGGGAACUGGAUUGAGAUUGCGUAUGGAACGAGCUCUGGGACGGUUCGAGUCAUCGUUCAGCAUCCUGAGACGGUUGGCUCGGGUCCACAGCUCUUCCAGACGUUCUCCGUACACCGCAGCCCCGUCACCAAGAUCAUGCUGUCUGAGAAACACCUGAUCUCAGUUUGUGCGGAUAACAACCACGUGAGGACGUGGACGGUGACGCGAUUCAGAGGGAUGAUCUCCACCCAGCCUGGGUCAACCCCGCUGACUUCCUUUAAGAUCCUCAGCCUGGACGACAUUGACGGACAUGGAGGCUGCAGCGCCGGGACAGAGAUCGGUCCGUAUGGAGAGAGAGACGACCAGCAGGUGUUCAUCCAGAGAGUUGUACCGGACACAGACAAACUCUACGUCAGACUGUCGUCCAAUGGGAAAAGGGUGUGUGAGGUGCGCUCGGUUGACGGUACCUCCAUCACGGCCUUCAUGGUCCAUGAGUGUGAGGGAUCAAGUCGAAUCGGCUCUCGCCCACGGCGGUACCUCUUCAGCGGUCAUAGCAAUGGCAGCAUCCAGAUGUGGGACCUGACCACCGCCAUGGAGAUCGCUGGGAAGGUCGACAUCAGAGCGCUAGGCGGGCCCACAGAAGAGGAGCUGCUGGAGCUGUUGGACCAGUGUGACCUCGCUCUGACUAGAACACCUGACAGCACACCGAGAGCCUCCACUUGCAGUCUUCACUCUCAGCUCAGCGACACCUUCAGGUCAGAGCGUCUGCACUCAUCAGGAGGUCGAGGAGGAGCUUCUGGUUCUUCUGCAUCUCUGUGUGGCAGCCUCCCCAGGCAGACCCCGCCCCCUGUACCCUUCUCCAAACCAAACAGAGACUCUGCAUCAUCACUGGGACCGGGACCCAGCACUGGACCUCAGAGCCUCACUGUACCUGGCCCCACUUACCCCCACAACCUGUCCUCUAGUCCCCGCCCCCACAGACAUCCGGACAGAGAGUGGGGGUCUGUGCGGAGGGGGAGCUUCGUGGAGCGCUGCCAGGAGCUGGCGAAGGGUUCUGAGGCAGCAGGGGGUUCUGGUUUUGGGGCCUCAGCUGGGUCAGAAGGUGUUAGGCGGAGCUUAGCUGUGUGUAACGAGUUGGAGGCCAGAUUUGGCCUCAGGACCCCGACCACCUUCUCUGUGACUCCUGGAGCACGGCAAUCUCCAGGAAUACCUUCUUCUUCUUCAUCAUCAUCGCAGCGUAGGACCACGCCCACCUCACCAACAAGCCCUGCCCCUCCUCCACCCCCCGCUGUCAGCCCGACUCGCUCUAAUGCUUCUGUCCCACCCCGCCGCAGCACUGCCACAUCACCCCUGACGUCUCCUGUGACUUCACCUGGGGACAUCACAGCGCCCCCCGAGGGCCCAGUGAGUCCAGACAGCCCCUCCUCUGCCCCGCCCACCAGCCCAAAACCUCACAUGAGUGAAACCAGCUUCUGAUUGGCUAUUCUGAUGUAGUCUUUGCAUCAGAGGAGUGUAGAACAAAGAUCAGCCGACUGACAGAUACAUGACCAUGAAGUCUAACAGCCAAUCAGCUGGCAGAGACUGUCCUGUUCCCAUAGCAACGCAAUGUUUCCUAGCUUCAAGUUAACAAAAGCACAAAAAACUUAAAUCAGGACCGAAAGGAGGAAUCACAGAAUAAACAGAGAGCAGGACUGACUGUAUAGUACAGAACAGGAUUAGGGGCAGAAAAAAAUGUGAUGCAACUUUUUCUUUUGUUUCUGAGAAGAUGAAUGUUAGAAAUCAGAGAUUAAAAUCAAAAUUCAGAGAUGAAAUAAAUAAAUCUGUUUGGAUUAGAUUGAGAUUAAAGUCUGAAUUCUUAGGUUAAAGUCUGGCUUUAAUCUCAGAAGUCUAACUUUAAUCUGAGAAUUCUG